GCAAAUACUUCAGUGUUUACAACUGACAUUUUGUCUUUAAAUAUGAGUGGGGAAUACACCUGCAUGGCCUAUAAUUAUGUGACAGAAAACUCCAGCUCUAACUCCAAGAUGCUCACAGUUAUUCAUGCAACAGAGACAGUUAUCAGAGAGGACAGAGUUCCAAUAAACUCUGAAAACUUCACACUCAUCUGUGAUGUUACCGGGCCCUUUGAGAUGAUCUACUGGAUGAAGGACGGCAUGCGUCUCAACAUGACCAACUCCACCGCACACUCGGACAUGUCUUACCACAUUGAAAACAACAUGCUGCACUUCACUCCGGUGACACUGUAUGAUGACGGCAUGUAUCAAUGCGUCGCCACCAAUCAGGCUGGGCCACAAGAAAGCCCCCAAUACAUGCUUCUGGUGAACUAUGGCCCUCUGAAUGUGACUAUCUCUGGUCCAGAUUCAGCAAAGGUUGGAGUCACUGUGUCGUUCACAUGCUUUGCUGAUUCUCGUCCAGAUUGUGACUUCAACUGGUUCUUUAACAACCAGUUAUGGACAGCUGUUACGGCCGGCCCGGUUAUCACUUUCCCUGCCCUUAAAGAGAGUGAGGGAACCUACAUAUGUAAGGCGAGGAACCCUGUGACCAAUAUCACAAAGUACAAGACUAAAGACUUUACCCUCUCUCACGCCUCCGCCCUCCACUUCCCGUCUCAUGGCGGUCUGAUGAUGAUGGGGCUGUUCGCUUUCUUUGUCCCCGUGCUCUUCACCUGAGUCCUCCACACGGAGAAAUCCAGUCCUCUUGCUCCCUCUGCAGUCUUAACAGUCUUACUGUAAAAUGAGCAGAAAGGUACUGUACAGUCAGUGAUCUAAUGCCUUGGUAUCAGUUCUUGUUGGAAAGCUAUUGAAGAAUUUGAUUUAAGUUACAGUUUUUUUGUUGGCCAUUUCCUUUUAUCAGAUUUACUUUCAUUAAUGUGCAAUACAGAACUCACACUGACAACCAAAGGGAAAUCAUAUUAUUGCAUUACCUGUUUGUUUUUUUUAAUUAAAUGUUUAUUAGCAAGUACAGGUGCAUCUCAAUUAAUUAGAAUAUGAAAUUAAAUUAGACAUGAAAUGUUUCAUUCUGUGGGUAAUGGAUCUAUACAAUAUGUUAUUUCCACCUUUUGACAUAAAUAAACAUUUCUACAUUUCAACAUUUCUAGCUCAUAUUAAACAUACUUUUAAAAAUUGGUCUUUUGUAAUAUAAUUUUUUUUUUUUGAGAUACUGAAUUUUAGAUCUUCAUUAAAUGUAAGCCAUAAUCAUUCUAAUUAGAAGAAAUUAAAUAAAUUAAGACAUGAAAUGUUUCAUUCUGUGGGUAAUGGAUCUAUACAAUAUGUUAUUUCCACCUUUUGA